GUGAAUUCACACGGUGGGCUACGUGUUGGGCAAGAACGCUGGCCCCCGAAGACUGAGUCAUGAGAGGUGUUGCGCUGCUGCUCGACAGCACACACAUCCUCCUUCUCCUCCUCUACGGUGUGGGCGGCUGCCCCCCAAAGUGCUUCUGUCACCCAUCUGCGAAGUGGGUGGACUGCAGUGGCCAGGGCCUGGCUGAGGUUCCUCCUGACUUGCCCCCGCAGACACUGAUGCUGUUCCUACAAGAUAACCGAAUUCGCUGGCUUCCUGCUCUUGCGUUUCGUACCACUCCAUUGCUGACCACCUUAAACCUGUCAAACAACUCCCUUUCCAGUCUCACCCCUGAAUCUUUCUAUGGACUUCGGCACUUGCGGGUUUUAAACCUAACCCAGAACUCGCUGCCUUCCUUGGAAAGCAGCCUCGCCCACACCCUGCCCCAGCUUAGGGAGCUGCACUUGUCCUACAACAACCUGCGGCGCCUGCCCACAUCCCUGGGCCAGCCUUGGGAGAACCUGACGGUGUUCGCCGUGCAGCAGAACCAGCUUCUGCACCUGGAGCGCGCGCUCCUGGAAUCCAUGCCCAGCGUGAGGCUGGUGCUCCUCCGGGACAACCUUUGGAGAUGCGACUGCCACUUGCUCCGUCUGAAACUGUGGCUGGAGAGAUUCAUCUUUGAAGGGGGCGUGACGGAUGGCGUCAUCUGUGGGUCACCUGACCUCUGGAAGGGGCAGGAUCUCCUCUCCAUCCCUUAUGAGCUCUACCAGCCCUGCCCUUUGCCUUCCUCAAGCCUGACAUCCUUACAUGGUCAGCAGCCUGGUUCUGCCCAGAGGGAGGUGGCGGAGUCUCCUGAGAAUCACUCAGGACAGCAAGAGCCUUUGGACUGUGAAAACAAACCCAAGCCGCGGCCGGUCAACCUGCGCCAUGCAUUGGCUACUGUGGUCAUUACGGGGGUAGUGUGUGGGAUCGUGUGUCUCAUGAUGCUGGCCGCUGCCAUCUACGGCUGCACCUAUGCAGCAAUCACAGCCCAGUGCCACAGGGGAUCCCUGGAGCCCACUACCAAGCCUGGGAAGACAAAAGGAAAAGACCUGCUGGACAGGCCAGCAGCCUGAGAGCCUUCUUGUCAAAGAGGAUGGAUC